GGGUAGGGUGAGGUCUGGGGAUCGAACCCUGGGUACUGCAUCCGCUACUGCUAAAAGGUGUAUGAUGAAAACAACAUUGUUGAAGAUAUGGUGACCUGUUGCACAUGUCUGCACAAGGUGCAUGUUGAUUGCGAGAACAUCUCGCGCGAAAUUUUUGUGGAGCUCAGGUCGAACCCAUCGCUGUCGUAUAGUUGUUACAGUUGUCAGACCUGCCGCCCAAGAACCCGUGCUGCUGGGGGCUACAAGCGUCGGAAAAUUUCUGUGUCUCAUCUUCAAGGCCCAUGCAUUGUCAAGGGCAUUGAUUAUUGUGCUGCCGCUGAAGUAAAUCCAGAGCGGAUGCCUCCACAACCGGGAGAAGAGGCCCCUGUGACUGGCCCGUUGGGGGUCCCAGACCUGAAGGAGCCAUCUGCAGCCAUAGAGAACGGCAAAAACUUGGAUGCAGGUAAUGCUGUGGAUGGCCUUGCAGUGACCAAACGUGUGAGUUGCGAUGAUGAACAAAGCAAGAGGAAGGAUUGGAGGACAGCUCUUCCAGAGAAGGGGGCGCGUCCACGGGAGUUUGUCCUGGCGCUGGAAUCUCGACCCUUUCCUCUUGACAGCACGGUAGUAGUGGGUGGGGACGCGGGUGUCUCGACGUGUAGAUCUUUUGGGAAGACACUUGAUGCCCAGGAGCAUUCGGAUGGAAAGAAGGGAAAGAAUAUUGGUUUAGGGCUGAAGGUAAGAAAGUUGAUUUCAAUUGGUCAAGCGGCAGGGGAAAAGGAUACUUGGGCAGAGGAAAGUCUUGGAGCGAAGUUGGUGGGAAAGUGCAGGAGCUCAUAUUCGAGGAGCAGCCAAGGAGGCGGGUUUGAGGAAAGGUGUGAGCAGGAGGAAGACAGCGUUUCCCAAGAGUUGAAUUGCACAUUUGCAGAUGAAGUUGCUGCUAGACGCAAACCAGUGGCUAAGGCAAAGAGGUCAAGACUGGCUUCUGGGAUAGAAGGUGCGGGUUUCAGAAGACGCGAUGAAGCAGGACUUCGGACAAAGAUGGGUACAGAGCGAGCCAAGAUGUGUGUUGACCUACAGGCAGAGGGGAGGGGCUCGGCAAAUGCCCAAGGCAAGCCUGCGCAUGCAGGAAACACCUCUUACGAUGGUGGAGAAGACCUGAGGCGGCAGCAGAUUGCUUGGCCUGUCAAGCCCGAGAACGGAAAAGGAGCAGGCGUGGGUAGUAGUCCAUUGAUAACAUUAGAGUGCUGCAAUGGUAAUUUGGAACUGGAAGGUCAUUUAGGCGAGAAUCCAAAGCCAAAGGAAUGUGGUGUGGAGGUCAUGCGAGAAGCACACCAGGAGGUGGGGGGGGAUGUCGGGGGUUUGGUCAGCAUCGGCGAAGCAACUUAUCAGGAGCAAAAGCAUGCUUCACGUCAGCAGACUCAACACAAGAUACUUAGCUUUUCAGAUGAACGACUGUGCUACUUCGAGGCAUGCAUAGUGUGUGGUGGGCUUGGGAUGCUGGCAGAGGGUACCUACUUGUGCUGCAUUGACUGCGGAGAGGCUUACCAUAGCUUCUGUCUCGAACCACCCCUGGUGGUUAACAGCAAGAUGAGAAGUUUCUGGAGAUGUCCUAAGUGCAAAUUGUGUGAGAUAUGUGGCCUUGCAACUGGUGGUAUGGAGGGACUGCAGGUGUGCAGUUCCUGUGAUAGGUCGUUUCAUUCACAUUGUGCUCCACAACCAGGGUGCCAGUGGUAUGCCAUUCUCACAGAAGAAGAUGUCUAAACACCUAACCCAAUUCCAUUUGCAGCUAAAGCUGCCCUGUGGUUGAAUGCUACACAGUACUGCACACAUGCUAUUGAUAAAUCAAUCAUGACAUC